UCUGCUCUCCAUUCGCUAACGUUUACUCUGCGAGUGUCGUACAACACGAGUCGGUUUUGUUGCUUUAAAGUGAAAAUUUUUCGUCAGAAGAACUACUGCAACAUUUUUACCAUAAAAUAUUUCUUCAGAUUUUUGAGAAGCUCUCUAUCUCAGUUUUCCUUUAACUCCUACCUCGUAUCGUUACCGACAUGGCGAACACCAUUGAUGCUCAAUCCCAAAUUUCCGCCUCUGGUGAUGAACAGGCGCUAGUGUGGAACUCGGACAACGCUGAGCACAAUUUCAAUGAAUUAGAAAAUCAAUUAUUGAUAAAAAUUCGUUCCCUUCACUCCAAGGCUCAGCGGCAGCCAUCGCAUUUAAUUAUUGAAGAAUUUGAGCGCAUUCUAUCGCCCAUUUUUAUUGACGCUGGAACCAAAUACCUCGAUGUUAAAGAAAAUUUCACUCCAGCAACUGUAGACAUUGUAUUAUCUGAAAUUAAAAGCAUCAUUGAGUGCAUAUCUCCUAUAAAAUACGGCGUACACCAACACGUAGAUUUUGUGGGGUACUUAAACCUGAUGGAGGCAUACGUUCGGGCAAUGGCUUGUGAAAUUGAAGACUCGAUAUCUAUGCAAAGGACAGGUCUAAAUCAUGAAGCAAGACUCAGUGAAAUUAUUCAGAGUCUUUACGCGAUGUACGACAACGUUGUCAAGGCAGGAGUCAUCCUCGGCAACACUCACCACGAAUUAUGGUCCCCGCUUCUAAACAAACGCUCGCUGCAAGAUAUUCUCCCACAAUCUGAAGAAGAGGAAGCUUGUCCCGUGUGUUUGGAUGUCAACAUUACAGAAGAAGAGAAUUUCGUCAUGUUCUCCAGCUGCCGACAUCUUUUCUGCCACUCAUGCAUAGCGCGGUGGCUGCAAAAUAAUUCGUCGUGCCCGAUGUGUCGCCAGCCUGUCACCCACCGCGCCUGCCGCGACGAAUUUCUGGCCUUCAAGGCGGACCAGCGCGCGCUGCAAGCCCUGCACGGCGCAGCGGGGGAAGAUGGUGCGAGCACCAGCUAACUGUGAUAAAACUUGAUGACCAGCGCGCGCUGCAAGCCCUGCACGGCGCAGCGGGGGAAGAUGGUGCGAGCACCGGCUAACUGUGAAACAACUUUGUGCAUCGAAAAUCAAUAUUACUAUCCUUGGAAUAUAAUCUGGCCUGUAAAAUGUUACAUUUACAUGAACGACGCA